AUGGAAGAAAAAAAGGAUUGCUCAGCAGACAAACCUGAAGAUGACGUACAUGUAUCCAACAUCUCAGUCCAAGUGGUAACUGGAGAAGAUAGAUUGGCAAAGAGGAUUCUUGCAAGGAAAAAACAUGGCAAAUUGAAAUUGAACAAAGAAAAGAAGACAAUGUGGAAUUUUCAAAACAAAAUCAUUCUUUUUACCAUUGUUCUAUUCAUUUUAGGUGUUAUCACCUGGACUUUACUGUGGCUCUUUAUUGUUCAGGCAGAAAACAAAGAUGCAUUGUAUUUUGUUGGACUGUUUCGUGUUGCCAACAUAGAAUUUCUUCCAGAAUACAGGCAGAAGGAGUCAAAAGAAUUUCUCUCCAUGGCACAGAAUGUGCAGCAAGUGGUGAACUUGGUUUACACGACCUCUGCUUUCUCCAAAUUUUAUAAGCAGUCCACUGUUUCAGAAGUCAGUAACAACAACAACGGAGGCCUUCUUAUCCACUUCUGGAUCGUGUUUGUAGUACCACAGGCGAAAGGCCAGGUGCUGUGUGAGGACUGCGUGGCUGCCAUCUUAAAGGACUCCAUUCAGACAAGUGUCAUCAACCGGACCUCAGUGGGAAGUCUUCAGGGCCUUGCAGUUGACAUGGACUCCAUUGUACUAAGUGCUGGUCUUCGAUCAGAUUAUUGGUCAACAACGGGAACAGGAACAAACUGUAUGUAUGAUCUGUAUGCUGAUCAUCUACAUGAGCGUCUUCCUCUGGAUGCCCCUGCUACUUCUGAGGGAGCAAUCUGCUAUUUUAAGCUCAUCGCAUUAGUGGGCCAUCUUAUUCGUCUUUCCAUCGUGUCCCUUCAGAUUGAAGCAGAUAACUGCAUCACUGACUCGCUAACCAUUUAUGACUCUCUGAUGCCAAUCAAACAUAAGAUACUGUAUCGAGCUUGUGAACCAGUGGAUACAUUGGUGUCACUCGUGUCCACAAAUAAUCUCAUGUUGAUAAUAUUUAAGGCAGCCCAAAUAAAGGAACAAAAGGAAUUCCGUGGAUAUUUUGAAGUCAUUACACAAGAAAAGUGUGGGAAAACAAUAGUGACAAAAGAGAAAACUGGCUAUGAAGGACGGAUCAUGAGUCCAUAUUAUCCAAGUUACUAUCCUCCAAAAUGUAUGUGUGUGUGGAGCUUCCAGACUCCACAAAAGAGCCUUGGUAUAGCACUGAAGUUUCAUAACUAUACCAUAAGUGAGAAGAAUAUCAAAGGCUGUGAGCGCGGAUGGUGGAAAAUUAACGAGCACAUGUACUGCGGUUACUAUGUCGAUCACGAAACGGUCUUCCAUGUCGCGAGCUCUGCUGCUCACGUUGAGCUUCGGUGCAGUUCCCAGCUCUCAGAGAAGCCGCUGCUGGUAGAAUACGGCAGCUAUAACAUCAGCCAGCCAUGUCCACCUGGAUAUUUCAAGUGCUCUACUGGCUUAUGCAUCUUGCAGGUGCAGCGUUGUGAUGGGAUAAACAACUGUUUUGAUGAAAGUGAUGAACUCUUCUGUGCUGUCCCUGACUGGAGCUGUAACUCCAGCUUUGCUGUGCAGGAUAACUUGCUAGCUUGCAAUGGAGUAAGUGAUUGCGAGAAUGGAAAAGACGAACAGAACUGCACUGACAGUAUUCCUUGCACCAAGCACACAUUUAAGUGCAGGAAUAACAUUUGCAUUAGGAAACAAAAUGCAAAAUGCGAUGGGACUGUGGACUGCACUGAUGGAAGUGAUGAAAGCAGCUGCAGCUGCGGCAGCAGCAGGGGCAGCGAGCCCGUCUCUCGGAUCGUGGGCGGCAGAGACGCUCAGGAAGGGGAAUGGCCCUGGCAGGUCAGCCUCCAUUUUGCAGGAGCCGCUUACUGCGGGGCCUCGGUGAUAUCCAAAGACUGGCUCGUGUCGGCAGCUCACUGCUUCCAAGGCAGCAAGCUGGGCGACCCGCGCGCGUGGCGCGCUCACCUGGGCAUGCGCACGCAGGGCCGUGCGCGGCUGGUCUUGGCCGUGCGGCGCAUCGUGGUGCACGAGUACUACAACAGCCGCACCUACGACUACGACAUCGCGCUACUGCAGCUCGGCCAGCCCUGGCCGGACGCCAUGAGCCACGUCAUCCAGCCCAUCUGCCUGCCCCCGGCCUCGCAGCGAGCCCGCCGCGGCCACACGUGCUGGGUGACGGGAUGGGGCCAAAGGCAGGAGGCGGACGAUGAAGGUUCAGCCAUUCUUCAGAAAGCAGAGGUAGAAAUCAUUGACCAAACAUUAUGUCAUUCUACAUAUGGGAUAAUUACAGCUAGGAUGUUCUGUGCAGGCCUCAUGUCUGGGAAAAGAGAUGGCUGCAAAGGGGAUUCUGGAGGACCCUUAUCAUGUCAAAGCAACGCUAAUGGAAGAUGGUUUUUGACUGGCAUUGUUAGUUGGGGUUAUGGAUGUGGAAGACCAAAUUUCCCUGGUGUCUACACAAGAGUGUCAAAUUUUGCUCCAUGGAUUCACAAAUAUGUGCCUUUGAUCUCGUAA